AUGAACAGGUAACUUACACCUGAUGGUACUAAAUCAACAAUGCGAAGUACUAUUUUCCCAAAGAUUGCUAAUAAACAAUCUAAAUUAGAAUAACAACCAAGUAUCUAUUAAAGUGUGGAUGCAGAAAAGAUGUAAAAGAAAACAAGGAACUUUGAUUUCUCAAACCUUUAGAGAACAAUUCAGACUAGCUAUUCUAAAAGUAGAUAAAAACAAAAGACUAUCCUUUAACCAUUAUCUCAUACUAUAAAUAACAGAAUUUAGACUAAAUAAUAGUUAAACAGAAUAAUAAAUUCAUUGAUCCGAAUAAUGUAAAAUGAUGCUGAAUUUAUGAAUUCAUGUAAACAUUUGCAUGUAAAUUCAUAAAAGUUAUCAUAACUAUUACUCAUGCUUACUCCACUAAAUUUUGAUACUGAAGGAUUCUUCACAAUUCAUCGUAAGUUGAAAUAAUAAUAAUAAUUGAAAGAGAACUCUUAUUUUAUUGAAAUUGAUAGAAUGUUUUUUGCUGUCUCUAAAUUAAACAUUCCUGUACCAUUAUAGCAUUUGAUGCAGUUAUCAUAAUAUAGUGAUUCUCUUUUUUAAGAUAAUUCUUUUGGAAUGAUUGUAAAUUACUAAUAAAUGUUAUCAAUAUUAAAGGAAGCAUAUCAAGUACAUAAAAAUAUGUUGUCAUAACAAGAAUUAAGUACAACUACAGCAAGUGAUGAUGAGGAAAGAUUAUCACCUUCAACUAGAAGUAUGAGUAUAUAAAUUGAAUACUAGUUGUUUAGAGAUUAUUAUCACGUAAUACUGCAAGAAAAGUUCAGUUUAAAUAGAAACGAUUGGGUUACAUUAACGAUUAGAAUAUGGUAGCUUAUUAUGAUUCCUUUACUGACUUGAAAAAGAAAUUAGAGAGAGAUUGGAAUGCCAAGAACUAUAUCUUUGGAUGUAUUAGAUUUGGAUAUAUUGAUCUCAUUAAAUAUCCACAAUAUGUUGAUCAGUAAACAAAGAAGGAACUCAAAAUCUUUGGAUAAUAAAGAUCAAAAUUACCUAUAUCUAUGCAGGUUGUCUAUAAACAUAAAUCUUAAAUAAUGAAUUAAGAGAAGGCAUUGAACAAAUUGAAUCUCUAUCAUCCAAAGAAUAUUUAUUAUGAAUCUUAUACUAAAGAUCCUGAUUUUAUAUCUAGAGUGUAUUAUUUAAAUGUAAUUAAAUUAAAUUAAUUAUUAGGUAUAUAGUUUAUCUAAUUAAUUUAAUUCAAUUUACACUUAUAAAAAUGAUUAGAUAACUGAUUACAAUAUAAUGAAUAUUGAUAAUAUCUGCAUCAAAAACAUAUUCACAGAAUAAACAGAAAAUAUUACUAAAGAUUAUGCUUUUGAUGCAUAAUAAGGUGGUUUCAAUAUUUAAAAGAAGGAAUAUCGUCCUUUAGAUUUAGUAUAAGCAGAUUCAUCAGAUUCAGAACCUGAUUUAGAUGUUUAUGAUCCAUUAUAUGUGAAAAGCAUAUAAUCAUAUCCAUAGUAUUUAAUUGAAACUCAGAUUCAAUUUACAUUUCCAUUACUCUACAGAUAUUAUUACUUUAAAAUGUCUACAAAUGCAAAGAUCACUCGUGAUAAUUAUAUUGAGUAAUAUUGCAUAUAUAUAAUUAAGAUUAGUUGAUCAAUGUAAGAUAAAACCUGAAUAAUAAUUCAAAGAAAAAUUUGUGAAUGUUCCAAGUCCAGAUAAUUGCAAUUAUUAAAGACAUAAAUACAAAUAACCAGAGACUGUUGAUUUAACUGAUGAAAGUGACAAUGAAAUUUAUGAAUAACCACUUGAAGCCUUAGAUAAAUAAGAUCUUUCACUUAGUUUUAAAGUUUAACCAUUAAUAAAAGAAACAGAUUAAAGAGAACAUACUUAAUAUCUAAAGAGUUAAUCAUCAAUAAUUAUACAGGAUGAAUAAAAAGUCAAUGAUAAAAUUCAAUUUGCUCAUAAUGUUGCUAGUCCAUUCAUUUGUUUAUAAUGUAUUUUAUUUCUUAAAUUAGAUAUUAGAUUCUUAUGCACUAUUAUUAUAGUUAAGAUUUCCAUUAUCAAUUUAUAUGUAGAUAAUUCCAUCAAUAGUUGAAAGAGAAUUACCAUUAAAAGAAGUUAAUAUUGAAGCAAGUACUAUAAUUAUAGAUAAUACAUUGACUAUUGAUUAAGGAAUUAAAGAUUUAGAAUCUUAUCCUAUAAUAGAUAUAGAUUCUGAAGAAGAACCAAGUUUUGAUGAAAUGCCUCUUGAAAUUGAUUUGCCAGAAUAAGUUGAAUAAUAAACAAUUGAAUAAAAGAAUGAAGAUGAUGAAGAAAUUACUAUAGACAAAGUCACUGAAUAUGUAGAUUUGGAAAUAAAAGAUAAUCUAAUCAUUGAAGUUAAGAAUGAUUAUGUUAGUAAACUUAUAAUUGAUGGAUACCCUAUUUAUUUUUAUUUAGAUGAACAUAUAAGGAAAACAGAACCAAUUAUUCAUAAAGUUACUAUGGAAGGUAAAGAAAUUCAAUCUGUUUAAAUAAGUUGUGAAUAAAAAGGAUCCAAAAUUUAUAUAAAAUUAUUUGCUAUAAAAGCUUUAUGUGAUUAGAGAUUGGAAAGUAAUAUUGAUAAAAAAUAAAAUUAUGAAGAAGAGGAUAAAUAAGUUAAUAUAUAUGAACCAAUAAUAUUAUCUGAAUAAUGGAAUCAAGGUUAAUUUGUUAUCAAUUUAUAUUACUUACAAAGAGAAGAUGUAAACUAAAAUGUAGAAUGGCUUAAAAAAGUUUUGACUACUUAUUUUCCUUAAAUUAUUAUUGUGGAAGAAUAUAGUGAAUCCUUUGAAGCAUAUAUCUAUGGAGUUGGUCCUAAAGAUUUUAGAGAUGCAAAUGGUAGAACUUUGCUCUUUAGAAAAGAGACUGAAGAUUGGUAAUAUAUCAUCAAUAUUUCAGGACUCAAUUUAAUCAGGAAUUUUAAUUCAAAACACUACUAAUUUAUGAUACAAUCUGUUAUUUAAUUAGUCUUUAUGGAUCAAUUGAUUAAUUAAGUUUUGUUCAAAAUAAAUACAUUUCAGAAAAUCACUCUAAGCAUACCAAAUCAAAAUUUGAAAAACUCCAUUUGCAUCCAUAUAAAUAUGUUGAAAAUGUAGAAAGAGAACGAAUUAGACCAACCACUGGUUAUAGUAAAGCUGGUCCAAGAAGAUAAAAUUAUUGA